ACCCAGAUACCUGAGAGGCUUUUAUUACCCGGAAGUCACCUGGGCGGACUAUGCAGACGAGAACAGACGUGUAUUGAAGCUGUAAACAUAGUUGAUAAAAGUUGGACAUAUCGAAGCUUGGUUGUUUACUCGACGCGAGGAAGGUUUUUUUUGCAAUUUUUUGGUCCGUGUUUUAUUCUCCAGGAGUAUUGUUGAAGAAGGAAUAGGUCGACAUGCGUGUCAACAGGUUGCUCUCAGUUGCUUUGUUCGUGUGCGCAGCGACAGGUGUAAGCAGCUUUUCAGUUACUACCUCCAAUCCAGAUGUGAAGGUUAAAGAGAAUGAAGGGGUUGACCUUACAUGCAGUUAUUCGGCAGACUUUGGUGCAGAUGCCAGAGUUGAGUGGAAAUUUAAGGACAUGAAAGGCUCCCAGACCUAUAUAGUUUAUGAUAGGAAAGUCACAGCACCAUAUGCCAGCCGAGUGGAGAUGUUUGGUAACAUAAAUCUGAGAUUCUCCAAAGUGACCCGUAAAGAUAACGGAGUGUAUGACUGUGAGGUGUCUGGCAACGGCCAGUUCGGAGAGACCAGAGUGAAGCUCACUGUUCUCGUGCCUCCGUCUGCACCUGUGUGUCGGGUCCCUACCUCAGUGACAACAGGCAACAAAGCCCUCCUGUCCUGCUUUGACAAAGAUGGCUCACCUCCUCCCCAAUACAAGUGGUACAAAGAUGGCACCCUUCUGCCUGCUGACCCCAGCAAGAUUGCGGCCUUCAAAAAUGCCACCUACAGGCUGAACCCAUACACUGGCAACCUGGAGUUUCCUGCUUCAAACAAGAUGGACACAGCAGAGUAUUACUGUGAGGCUUCCAACAGUGCCGGUCCUGCUCAGCGCUGUACAGCUGCGAGAAUGGAAGUCCGUGACAUGAACACCGGAGGGAUUGUUGCUGGGGUAAUAGUGGCUCUCCUGCUAGUGGGCCUACUGGCACUUGGAGUUUGGUACGCCAACAGGAAAGGAUACCUGCCCAAGAAGAGCGAAAGCAAAUCAAAGCCCAGUGUGGUCUACCAGCCUCCUUCAGUGUAUGGAGGUGAUGAAGAAGAUGGGGAGUUCAAACAGAAGUCAUCGUUCGUGGUAUAGCCUGCAAGCCACAGACAUAACUGGAGAUCACCAUGAUUUUUCUCAGCAUGUUUUUUUUUCUUUCUGUUUUUAAUGACGUCCUGACACUAACUUUUUUUGUUCCUAAAUUGCAGUUUUCGUAGAGCAGUGUUUGAGUUAACUUUACAGUUUAACAUCAACGUGUGUGCUUUAAAGAUCAAGGUUUUAGGAAAUUAUUUACUACAGGGACGACAGCUAGUGAUACGUCUUUUGUACAUGAAUUAUGUUUUUAAUAAGAUGAGCUGUGGCUACUAGUCACAGAUUUUUGGGAGGUUUUUUUGGAGGUUUGGAGUUUGUGCCUCUGAGUUUCUGAUUUUCAGUGCCUUUUUUAGAAUAGAAUCAACCCAUUUUUAACAUAGUUGAAAGGACACAAUUGCGUGUAAAAGCCUGAAAUCAUCUCCGUCUAGCUGAAUAUAAAUUUCACUCCCUAUUUGGUCAUUUUCUUUACAUGGGGGUUGGACUCAUGUGAUAGGCACAUUUUCCCUGCAGAUGCAGUGUCUUGAUAAGACAUUUUUUUACAAUCACAUUUUUAUUACACUUACUGAUCUGUCACCUUAAUUUCCUCCAGUGAAACACUCAUCUGUCAAUCUAUGUGUGUCAAAGCAGAAACAUUUAAGCAGCUAAAAAAUAUUGCUUGACUCUUGGGAUGUUUUUGUUUUUCUUGUUUUUUAACAACCAUAAAACAUUUUCCGUGUACAAUAUUUUCUUCUGUGAAAGUUUAUAAAAUGUCUAAUUUCUGUAAAUAUAUGCUUUUGUGUUUGCAAUUAAGAACAAUUUAGAAAGUCAGCUGCUCUUCCUGUCGCUGAGGUUCGUGAUAUAAACUACAAACUUUACCUUAACCUUAUUACAUCUGAGGUUGUUAUGGAAACUGGUUAUAAGACAAACGUUUUAGGUGCACCUUCUCUUUAAAAUGUCCUUUCUGAUUGAGCUAAUAUUACAUUUGUUUGUUGUUUGUAGAAGACUUAAGUUUGUAAUCCUCUGCACUACAUUGGCUAAGUUAAUGCAUUGAUAAGAGUGUAGGCUUACAGUACAGAACACUUCACGCAUGGUGCGAUUCAUUUCCUGUUGAAAUGUCAUUUCCUGUCAGCUGAGAUGCAGGCGAUACAGCACUGUGAUGAACUGGAGGCAAACAUGUGACUAAAUGACAAUGUCAAAAUUAACAAAGGAUUUACUUUUUAAGUGAUGACAAGCAGGUUUGUAUGGCAUCAUGUGUAGCAUUACCAUAUGAUUAAUUACACAAAUUGUUAUCCUUGAUAUCCACAAGUACUCAGGUUGUGUUGUGUAUUUAAGUGGUUUGUUAAGGUUAGUCACCAAUACAUAUCAUGAGUUUAUAUAAUCUGUCAGAUAUAUGUAAAUUGGGAAACACUGUAGGUUUUUCUACAUUUCUGUGUACAAACCUUGCCUUUAUAGGCAGUUAAAAGCUGAUGAAUAAUGAUUAUUGUAACUUCUCUUUAUGUAUUGGUUAAUAAAAUUGUUUUGUUUAAUUGGAUAUACUGUCGUGUCAAUAAAUGGAUAUUCAGUGUA